CCAAAUGCAUGAGAUAUGCUUUGAAAUUAAGAUCACAUCACUUAAUAGUCUCAAGGAAUGCUUGUGCCAUUUGAACACUGAUAAAUCAUAUACAUAAGAAAACCUUUGUCUUCGUUAAAUCACAUGCAUAUCCCUAAGCUUUUCAUAGAUCUAUAAAAUAUAAUCAUUAUCCGUCUUUUAUAAGUGUUUUUUCUAAUCAGACGGUCACGAGCAUUUGGAUGACGAACACGGGCCAUGGACGUCCCAGCAGCCGUCUGAUCCAGAGGCGAGGGAUGGAGGGUGUUCUAGUAAUUUUGUGGUUCUUACACUCCACCGUGUAGAACUCCGCCUGGGGUUUGGGGCAGCUCCUCCUCCGUCGAGUAAUUUUACGCCCAAAACGUCGAGUCGAUCUUGAAUUUCUAGGGUUUCAUUUCAUCCUAAUCCAUCUGUAUCGACUGGAAGAGAAGAUGGAUCCGUCGGAGAUGAGAUAUCUGGAGGUCGAGGAUUCUCCAGUUAUGAAGACAAUUAAGGGCGCAACGACGGGUUUAGUAGCAGGAACCAUUUGAGGCACCAUUGUUGCUACUUGGUAUGAUGUGCCUCGUGUGGAGCGGAACGUAGCUCUUCCGGGGUUGAUAAGAACGUUGAAGAUGUGCGGGAACUACGGGCUCACCUUUGCUGCCGUCGGAGGACUGUACAUUGGCGUGGAGCAGUCAGUACAAAAGCAAAGGUUGAAGAGGGAUUUCAUAAAUGGUGCUGUGGGUGCUUUUGUCGCCGGAGCAACUGUUCAUGGCUUCAAAGGUAGGAGCAUUCCAACAGCGAUCUCUGCAGGAUCAGCUCUUGCAUUCACUUCUGCUGUGUUGGAUAUUGGAGGCCGGACAGCAAGAGUUGACAAUGGAAAGGAGUGCUUCCCCUACACUACCGAGAAGAGGUCUACUGCUGAUUGAUUUCUUGUAUGAGGUACUCGGCAUCUUGUAACCACGUCCUCCGUGAUAGGGGGCGGCCCUUGGUGUUUUAGCAGGGAUAGUCCUUGUUCUUCAGUUGUGCUUUUGUUGUUGAUCAUAGUGGUAAUACGUGUUUUGCAGACAAUUAUCAUUUGCAGACAUGACCAAAUGUUGCAAGUGGUAAUUGCAAGUAUUUUUGAAUGAAUUCUUGUGCGUAUAGUGUUAGUAUCGGAAAUGGUUAAUAACUCAAUGUGAUGAAGAUGACUUGAUCGGAUUCAUUUUUCA